GAUCGUCAAGGCUGUGGUCUCCUCGGCAGAUGCGGAGGUCCGCAUUGGGCAGGAGCCACUGACCUUGGACGGCCUUGGGGAAGAUCGCUUCUUCAGCGCAGGAGCUCUUCGUAGCUUCAGCGUCCGCGCUGCGCGCCUGGCGACUGUGUCGGUCAGCUGUCCACUACUCAAGCUGCACGUGGUGCUCACGACGCACAGCUCUGCGCAGUCGUGUCCCAGCGCUGGGGCAACCUCCUUGCAGGAGUUCGCGUCGCAUUUGGCGGAG